GCCCCUCCCACUACACAAAAGCCCGUACACAGCCUCGCUCAAUGUGCUGCUGGUGUUCUCAGAACGAGGCGUGAGACGCAGCUCUGGGUGCGGCUGCGCAGUGCGCACAGAGGAAGCUCCUUGUCCCAGCAACAUGGCUGAACUGUCAGCGGUCCUGAAGCGGCUGUGUAGAGUGGUGCUCUUCCUAUCACAGCUGUAUGUUUUCUCUGGGCGCGGAUCCUUGAGUUUUGAGCACUUCCAAGCCGCUGCACAGGCCCUAAAAGAUCAGCCCUUGUCCUCUUCUGUUCCACCUACCACCAAAGUUUCAGAAGUCACACCAGCACCUGAUUAUAUAGCUAAAUGUCCAAGCAAUGACCUCUGCAACAAGUUACCUGCUGACUGUAUGACGUGCAAAACAAACCAUUCUUGUAUAUAUGGAAAACCUGUCAUCUUUGAAUGUACAGCCAAGCCUCAUGUAAUGUGUGUGGACGACCACCAUCAAAAACAGGAAAACUUCACUAUCACUAUGACCUGUCAGUUUUGCUGGCAGCUCCCUCCUUCUAACUACGAAUGUAGUAAAUCUAAUUCUAGCAUCUGCAAGACUGUGGCCUGUCCUCGACAACGUUACAAUGCCAACUGUACUGUAAAGGACCAUGUGCAUUGUUUAGGUAGGCGUGUGUUCCCAAAGAUGUUAUAUUGUAACUGGACUGGGGGUUACAAAUGGUCCACGGCACUUGCACUAAGUAUCACUCUCGGAGGAUUUGGUGCCGAUCGCUUUUACUUGGGCCAGUGGAGAGAAGGACUAGGAAAGUUGUUCAGUUUCGGAGGCCUGGGAAUUUGGACUUUGAUAGACGUGUUUUUAAUUUGUGUUGGAUAUGUUGGACCUGCAGAUGGAUCUCUUUAUAUUUAGCUUCUUGGCUCCAAAAGAGAGAACAAGCCCCAGCUUUUCCACAAUGCGACAAGUUUGUUCUGAUUUGUAUAUUUUACAUAAUGUACAGUAUCUGUACUUGAUCUGCCUUUUCAUUAAGGUCAAAUUGACUCAAAGAACUUUGAUGUUUCCUGGAACUUUAGUUAAAAGAUUCUGCUUUUCCUUUCUUUGAAAUCUACAAUAGACUGUUUUCACAGCGAACUGAUGGGACUUUCUGAGCUCAGUAUGUGUUCAAAUGAUGACAUCUAUGUGUGUCAGAAUGAACCUUCUUCUGUUUAUUAGCUUAGAGUUACCAAAUACAAAAACUAGAAAAAAAAAAAACAUUGUUACUUCUGAUGUUUUUAGGCCUCUUCCACGUUGCAUGGAAUUAGGGAAUGGUAGAAUGUAAUUGUAAUGCCCAGUAUACAUGUAUAUGCAUGAUCACCUUGCAAUGCUUCUCAUCCACAGUACUGGAGGGAAGGAACGCAACCCCAGCUUCAUUUUGCUUUCACAUGAGUUCAUAACUGAAUGACUAGAGGUGAGCUGGUUCUGCCGCUAAAGGCGGUAGAAUCCUAGGGAGGGGUCA